UAGGCGGCACGCUUCCCUCUCUUCCGGAACCAGGGGCCAGAGGAGCAGUCGAGUGCUGACCGGUCCAUAUCUGAAUGCCUUGUUUGUCGCACUCUGCUGUGCUUCACUGAAAGACUCUUGUCAUGUUGGAUGUUGGGAAGUGGCCAUUGUUUGCCUUGCUUCCGCCUCAAGACCUCCGCUCUAUUCGCCUGGCCUGUGUCUUUGGUGCAUCCGGUAAUGAAACUCUGUACGUCACAGAAAAUGAUGAGGUAUUUGUCCUUGGGACGAACUGUAGUGGUUGCUUAGGAACUGGUGAUAUUCAGAGUACAAUAGAGCCCAGGAAAAUCGACGUUUUGUGUGGCAAGAAGAUUGUUCACCUAAAUUAUGGAAGUGGACCCCACGUGGUGCUUGCAACUUCAGAUGGAGAGGUUUAUGCCUGGGGAAAUAAUGGUUACAGUCAGCUUGGCAAUGGGACAACUACUCAAGGCUUGUCUCCAUGUCAGGUUUCUACCAAUCUGCUCAACAAGAAAGUAAUCGAGGUGGCCUGUGGAUCCCAUCAUUCCAUGACAUUGACUUCUGAUGGGGAAGUUUAUGCCUGGGGUUACAAUAACUGUGGACAGGUGGGAUCAGGGUCAACUUCCAAUCAACCAACUCCACGAAGAGUGACCAGUUGCUUACAGAAUAAAUUGGUGGCUACUAUUGCUUGUGGUCAGUCAUCUUCCAUGGCAGUUUUGGAUAACGGAGAGGUGUAUGGCUGGGGUUACAAUGGUAAUGGACAGCUUGGAUUGGGUAGUAAUGGCAAUCAACCGACGCCUUGCAGGCUAGCAGCAUUACAAGGAAUACAUGUGUGCCAGAUUGUCUGUGGCUACGCCCAUGCUCUUGCACUAACAGAUGAAGGCUUGCUCUAUUCCUGGGGAGCUAACACGUAUGGCCAGUUGGGCAGCGGCAUUAAAAGCAAUCAGUCUUGUCCAGUCCAAAUCACGCUGGACAAGGAAAGGGUUGUGGAAAUUGCAGCCUGCCAUUCUACCCACACCUCAGCUGCUAAGACCCAAGCCGGUCAGGUGUACAUGUGGGGUCAGUGUCGGGGUCAGUCUGUCACCCUCCCAUACUUAACUCACUUUACCUGCACGGAUGAUGUGUUUGCCUGCUUUGCCACUCCAGCUGUUACGUGGCGCCUCCUAUCCAUAGAAAGUGAUAAUCAUUUGACAGUAGCACAAUCAAUGAAGAAAGAAUUUGACAGCAUGGAAACUUCAGAUUUAAAGUUCCUUGUGGACGGAAAGACUAUUCAUGCUCACAAAGCAGUUCUCAAAAUAAGGUCCCAACAUUUACGAUCCAUGCUCCAUGAUGAAGAAGUGAUUGAAAUUGACCAGUUUAGCUAUCCAGUGUACCGUGCUUUUCUAGAAUACCUCUAUACAGACUCAGUCAAUGUAGCUCCUGAGGAUGCAAUAGGCCUUUUGGAUUUGGCUGCAUUUUAUGGAGAAAACAGCUUGAAGAAGCUCUGUGAGCAGACCAUUAAACAAGGUAUUUCUGUGGAGAAUGCCAUCACUUUACUCUCUGCUGCAGUAAAAAACCAAGCAAAGGGGUUGGAAGAAUUUUGCUUUAAGUUCUGUGUCAAUCAUUUGACAGCUGUGACACAAACUCAGGGCUUUGCUGACAUGGACCAUGAGUUCCUAAAGGACUUCAUUAGCAAGGCUGGCAAGCAUGGAGCAUUUCGGAACUGAGGCAACAUCUCAAAUUGCCAAAGAAGAUGAUGCUUUGAUUUGGAAACGGAAUAUAGUUUGUGGGGAGGAGGGUGAGGUUCUUUAUGAUGCCCUUCUACCCUAGUUUUUCCACUGUCAUCCUUUCAGCUGCCACCUUUAGCAGGAGUACACCUUCAUUGAUACCUGCUGUGGCUUAACUUUAAAAAGGUUAUUCAUUUUGGUGGUUUUCCAGUUGAAUUCCCUGCUUGGAAUCAUUAGAUCUACCAAGCAGUUGCUGUACUGUGAUGAUGCAGCCUGGCCUUGCCUGCUUUUUUCCCUUUGCUAUAAAGCACACAUAUAGCUGCUGCAGCAAUCUCAGAAAUUAAACUGGGAUCGACUAAGUAGGUAUGCUUCAUCUAUUCAUUGAGAAGGGGAGUGACCCAGGCGUUACUUGCAAAUCUGUAAUUUUCUGUACUAAUUACAAAAAAAGAAAUAAUCAGGUCACAAAAUCGGUCUCUCCAUGGGACUACCGAAUCAUAGCUAAAAUGCAAUGAAAACUAGGAACUAAAACAUCCUUUCAGAAAUCUGCUUUGUGAUUCAUUCAGAGAUUUCACAUUAACUAGUCUAGCAGUCAUUCUCUACAAACUAUCUUACUACUGCUGGAAUGUCAGCUAUGAAUGAUAGAUGGAUCAUUUGGAAUAAAUGCAAUUUUAUGCUGUCUAAAGCAAAAGCAGAGCUUCACCUUUCUCAACUAUGAACCAAUGAUAUUUCUUACACAUCAAUAUUUGUACCUCUGCUUUGAUCGAGCAGCUGGAGUCCACAAUUGGACCUUUCCACCUGAUUGAUACAAACAUGUUUGAAAAGUCUGACGUUUUAAACCAGAAUAUAUAAGGAGACUUCAUUGCAGUCCAGAUAUUUUAAUAAUUACCUUGGAAUAUUUCACACCUGAAAAAUCUUCCUCAAAAAUUAGUACCAUAGCUCCUUGGAUAGACUUUGGCUCUUUCUUUUGGGUCAUUUACAUUUACUUAGUUGUGAUGAUUUGGCUUUCCAAGAUUUUAGGAGGUAUCCUCUAUUGCCUUGUGAUUCAUUUUACAAUGCAUGACUAAUUAAGCUUCCUGUUCGAACUAUAUCAAAAUUUAUGAGUAUUAGAUCAACUCCUUCUCCAAAGUUUCUCCCAGCACCUACCUACAUUUCAUCAGACAAGCCAGACAAACAGGAAAUCAAUCUUAAUUUCCAAGAUCAUAAAGUCGAGAGAUGUACUAGGUGAGGUGUAUUAUAAAACCUAUUACCCCAAUCAAGCUCCUUUCCUUAAAUCAUCAAGCAGAAGUCUUGUAUACUUACUGGCCGUAGAUCAGUGUCUACUUCUAAGCUAAGUUUGAUUACUUUAUCAGACUUAUUUGAAGUUUUAAUAUUCAUGCAGACUUGAGAGACACAACAUUACAGGCAGGCUUGCACUAUAUUUUGUUUCAAUCUUUACUCCUAAUUAAAAAUGAUAUUAUAGGAAUUUUUAAGUAAUUGCUAUUUUGAAAUUAUCUUAAAAAUUUAUCAGGUCAGCUUUCCUCUAUAGACACUGAGAUGAGUAGGACUAAUAUGGGUAUUCCUCAGUUCACAUAAUAUUUCAAACUACUGUUAUGGACAGGAAACAAAAACACUAAGAUGUUGAAUGACCAUUUAAUGUGUAUAUAAAUCAGACCCCAUUAGCAAAGGUUUUAAUCACCAGUAAGAAGCAAAUAUUGAAAAAUACUACUAAUAGUAGUUCACUAACAUGAAACAAAUGGAUUUAAUGACUGGAAAACGCAUUUAUAAUCUAGAGGACCAAAUUUAGAAUUUUAUUGUCUUAACUGUUGCAAUGUAAAUUGUUUUGGCAUUUUAUAUAAUGGUGACUCAACCUAUGUCAAACAUUUCAUAAUUGUAACAGCAUUUUCAUUUUCAAAAGCUACUUUCAAAUUUAAGAAUUCUGUAUGCUUAAAGUAUGAAGUUAGCUUUGAAAUUGGAUGUUAGUAUUAAGACUAUAUAACAUUUAAUUAAAAUUAAAGUGGCAAUCAAGUUCUCUGACAAAU